AUGCAUAUCAUCAACCUCCUUCAUUUAGUAUUCUCCCUCUCCCUCACCACUACCCACGCCAUUCAAGCCUUCCCCCAACAACAUCCAAUCACGCCACUAUUCCCCCCCUUAACCUCACCCCCACCCCAAACACAAUCCCUCCCACAGCCUCUAAUCGGCUUUGGAACAUGGAAUCUAAACAUUUCCCCUGAAAACACCACCGAAGCCGUCGCCUACGCAAUUGAAAUUGGAUAUCGUCAGAUUGAUUGUGCAGCUGCGUAUAACAAUGAAGUGGAUGUAGGACGGGGGAUUAAAGAGGGGUUGAAUAGGGCGGGAUUGAAGAGGGAGGAUAUCUGGGUCACGAGUAAGCUUUGGAAUGAUCGUCAUGGAGAUUAUGAGAAUGUGGAAAAGGGAUUAAAUCAGACUCUCGAAGAUCUUGGACUUGAGUAUCUGGAUUUAUAUCUCAUGCACUGGCCCAUUGGAUUCUCCCCCGACGGAUCCAAAUCGCUCGAUCACACCUACAAAUCUCUAAUCUCCCUCCCCAAAAACCGCGUUCUCAGCAUCGGCGUGUCUAACUUCUCCCCCCUCCAACUCAAAAAUGUCGUUUCUACUGGUAUCAUACCUUAUACGCAUCAAAUGGAACUCCAUCCCUACUUACAGCAAUCUGCUUGGGUUGCUACUCACAAAGCCCUUGGAAUAAAAAUGACGGCUUAUUCUCCUUUGGGAAAUACUAAUCCUACUUACCACUCAUCUUUAUCCCCAUCUACACUCAUAAAAAUGAACGAAGAAAUGAACGAAGACAGAGAAACCGAAAAAGAAGAAACCGAAGAAAGAAAAAAAGCACCACCUCUACUCCAGAACAAAAUUCUCCAAGAGAUAGCCAACAGGAGAAAUUGCACCCCAGCUCAAGUGGCACUAAAAUGGAAUAUGAAUAGGGGAAUUAGUGUGAUACCUAAGAGCAGUCAUAAAAGUUGGAUUGCGGAGAAUUUGCAAGCGGUGACGUGUCAAUUGACGCAUGCAGAUUUGACAAAGUUGAGGUUUGUGGGGAGGAAGUGGAUGAGUAGAUUUAAUAAUCCCGGGAAUGAUUGGGGGGGUGUUUCUGGUAUGGAUGGGAUUCAGAAGUCGAGAGGUUUCCAGGGACUCCGAAAGACUUCCGACAUGAAGAUUGCUAUGGAUGUGACUGAGCAAUCGGCAUGGCCAUUUUGGUUUUGGAUUAUCCGUGAUGAAGGAGGUAUUAAUGAUAAGGAAGGUGUUAACCAACAAUACUUCAUCUCAAGACGAUACGACAAUUUGAAGAAAACUUCGAAUGCUAGUACGCGGUUACUUGACCGUGUAUUGAUAGAUACUGAUACGCGUAUGGGCGACGAUUAG